AUGCGCAUCUUCUGUCCCACUAUCGUUUUAAUUCUCUCAAUCCUCUCAAUAUGUACACAUGCUGCCCCAGUUAAUCAGAAUCUGGAUUCAAGAGAGAACUUGCCAGCUUGGAUACAGGGCGAAGUCGAUAACCCAGCAUUCUUUACCAAGAAAGAUAGGCAAGCUUACGCGAAGAAAUUGUGGGGUGUCAAGCUUGGUGCAAAAUUACAAGUUGCUGGAUCGCACAAUUUCGCUAUAUAUUCCUUGACUGGAUACGGGCUACGCUUCAAAAGUAGUUCAUUGAUCAUGAAGGUGUUCAAUGCCGUCGACAAUGCUGCUAUUGGAGAAGCGAAGGCACUCAGAGCCGUAGGCGAUCUCGUCGCUUCUGGCACUGUCAGUGCAUUGGGCUCAAAACCUGCCAUUAUCAUAAAGAGGAAGGCUGGUCAACCAUUACAGGAGACGGAGGCCUACAAGAAUGCUAGAGAAAUAGUGAGAGAAAGGAUGCGGAACCAAACUUUUACGUUGAUGUGCGACAAAAUGGCCAUUGUAGCUACCGAGAAGUAUGUUCUGCACGGCGAUAACCAUCCCUCUCACUCAAAUAUCCUAGUGACCUUGGAUAAGAACACCGUGAAAUCCGUUGAGUUAGUAGACUACGGCCCUCCGAAAACCUAUUUUUUGACCAAGUCUGUCACGAAGGCGGAAGUGUGCGUUUACUGUGGAUGUGAAUAUCCAAGUACAAAACGACACUUGUGGGAACAGGAGUUUCCUUAUGUUUCCCCUCCUUCUAGUCCUAUGAAGAGUCCCAAGCUUGGAAUGUAG